CUCACUUUCUCAAAUUCAUAAAAAAAAAAAACACAAACUUUGAAUAUUCCAAUAUUUUCUCAAAAAAUAAAAAAUUAAAAGUGAAUCAAGAAUGUCAUCAGCGAUUUGUCAGCUCUCAUGCUUCUCCUCCAUCAAUAGAAGAUUUCUAUUCUACACUCAUCUACAUCCUUGUUCUACUCUUCAUCGGAAGGUAGUGGUUGUGAGAAAUGAUGCUUGUGGCUCGGAUUUAUCCAAUUUAGAAAACAGGACCGCUUUAGGUUAUACUAGAGAUGCAUCACAAUCACAUAACGGAAGCUCAUCAAAUGCAAAUUUAAAGUCAGAAGAACUUGUUCCAGGAAAAGAAAUGAAUGGGUCAGUGCAAGCAAACUCCAUCAGUCAUUCAAAAAAUACAGCCAAAAUUCAUGAUUUCUGUUUUGGUAUUCCCUUUGGUGGUCUUGUUUUCACUGGGGGCAUUGUUGGUUUUAUUUUCUCAAGGAACCCUGUGACUUUAAGUAAUGGUGUUCUUUUUGGAUGUGCUUUACUGGGCUUCAGCACCAUUAGCUUGAGGGUCUGGAGACAAGGAAAAUCUAGCUUGCCAUUCAUACUGGGUCAAGCAGUGCUUGCCGCAGUCCUUCUAUGGAAAAACAUGCAGACUUUCUCUCUGACAAAGAAAGUAUUUCCCACUGGCUUUUAUGCCGCCAUCAGUGCUGCAAUGUUUUGCUUCUACUCUUACGUGGUAUUGUCUGGGGGGAAUCCACCACCCAAGAAGCUGAAGGUAUCUGCUGCUGGGACAUCUUGACGUGAAUCUAGAAAGAGAGCACCUUUUUAUUUGUCGGGGUAUUGGAGGUGGAUUACUUGAGGUUCUUUGAGGUUAUUGAUUACGGUUGUUUUCCUGACAAGUGUGUGCAAGUCUUUUUGUGCUGGAUAAGUACAAGAGGUAUCAAACUACUUUUGCAAAAAAAAUGCAAGAAAUCUAAGAGUGUGCUGACACCACGGAAGUCAAUAGAAACAUUUACAUUUCGAUCUAUGGGCAGGUACAUCUCUCCCGUCAAAGCAUCUUUGAUUCCUCUCUUUCCAUAAGACCCAUGAAAUACUGGCAGGGACGUUGGUCCAAAUUCUCUCUGAUCCUUGUGAGAUUACUUUAUGACCAAAUUGCAAGCAGUUUUUUCUUUAGUUUUGAGCAUCACCCUGUGUAUUACAAAGAUGUCUAGGAAGAGAGUUCUUAACUCUGAUGUUUUAUGGUAGUAUAGGAAAAGGUGCUCUGAAAACUCUUCAGAGUGUCCCUUACUUUCUCAAAAAUGAACAGAAGAAGAAUGAGUCAGUCCCGUUGCCUCAGUCUCCCUUGGGAAGAGAAGUGACGUUCAGCUUUGCCAUUUAGUAACUGCAGAAUCUAUCUGUAGAAACACAGAGAU